AUGUCACACCAUCCGCAAUCGCACCGGAAAUACGAUUCCGUCGGAGGUCGCAUGUCUCGGGCAGAUGGUAACCAUAUGGGCAGAUACUCUGGCAGAGAUUCACGUCUGAGGGUCCUGAGUCCAGUGAGCCAGCCCGAAGAGCAGAUGGCCAGAAGACGGAACUUAGAUCGGAUGCCAGGAGAAGAUCAGGGGGAAGAUGAUGAUGAAGAUGAGGACGAAGAGGAGUUUCAAGAGGCACGGGAUAGCUUCUACGGGGACGAGGAACAAAAUGAAGACGAUAUGGGGCAUCAACAGCACAUCGAUACAGAUAUCGACCGCGAGAAACGAAAUCGCCGAUGGCGAAGACGGGUUGAGCAGGCCUUGACCAAAAUGACAGCCGAAAUCGCUGCCAUGAGAGAGCUCAUGGAGGCGCGUGCGCACCAUAACGCGCGUAGAAAGAGGGCAUGGGUAUGGCUGAAGUGGCUGGUAUGGGUUGCCAUCAGGCAAUUCUGCUGGGAUAUUCUUAUCCUUGCCGUAUUUUGUGUUUGGAUGCGAUUUCGAGGCGACCGGCGGGCAGAGGAGAGGUUAAAACGUCUUUGGGGCGAAUUCAGAAGAUGGCUCUCACGAGUCCGGUUCGUGAGAUAUUUACCACAGACUGUCCUGGCUCCGUGA